AUGGGGAGAUACAUCCUGGCCGUCAACGCCGGCUCCUCGUCUGUCAAAGUCACGUUCUAUACUUUCGCGAACCCCCCGCAAGCUAUCGCCGAUGCGCAGGUCUCGGGCAUCACCGCGCCCCCACCCACGCUGAAGUACCGGCGUGGCCCGGUGAAAAUCAAGGAGGAGCUGCAGGAGCAGUUCAGGACCCCUCAGGCUGCGUUCCAAUAUCUUCUGCAGCGCUGCUUCCGCGAUCCCGAGCUCUCCGAGGUCGCCAGUGACCGCGAUCUAGCUUACAUCUGCCACCGAGUGGUGCACGGCGGAGACUACCGUGAGGCAGUGGAGAUCAACGACGAGACCCUUCAUCAUCUGGAAGCACUAGAAGACCUGGCGCCAUUACAUAAUUUCUCUGCUCUGGAGAUUGUUCGCCUCUGCAGGAAAGAGCUCCCAAGUGUGACGAGCAUCACCUUCUUUGACUCGGCUUUCCACCACACUCUGCCCGUUUAUGUGAGAACAUACCCUAUUAACCAGCAGAUCGCCAAGGCAAACGGGUUACGGAAGUAUGGAUUCCACGGAAUCAGUUACUCGUUCAUUACACGCUCGGUUGCGCAAUUCCUGGGUACAUCUCAAGAGCAGACCAACCUGAUCGUGAUGCAUAUCGGAAGCGGAGCCUCGAUAUGUGCAAUCAAGGAAGGCAAAUCUGUCGAUACUUCGAUGGGCCUGACUCCACUGGCAGGAUUGCCUGGCGCAACACGCAGCGGCGAUAUUGAUCCUUCCUUGGUAUUCCACUAUACCAGCGAGGCCGGUAAACUGAGCCCCGCAAGCACCAAGGAAAUGCACAUUAGCACGGCCGAGGAAAUCCUCAACAAGCAAUCCGGGUGGAAGGCCCUGACCGGCACUACCGAUUUUUCCCAGAUCGCAGUCGAGAACCCACCCUCGGAGGCCCACCAGCUUGCCUUUGAUAUCCUCGUGGACCGUAUCCUGGGGUACAUUGGGAACUACUACGUGAAGCUAGACGGGCAAGUGGACGCGCUGGUCUUCGCGGGCGGCAUCGGCGAGAAGAGCGCGAUGUUGCGGCGGACGUUGGUGGAGAAAUGCCAGAGCCUGGGCAUGGCGAUCGACACGGAAGCGAAUGACAAGGGGCCGGAAGAUAAUCAGACCGUGAUUGACAUUUCCAAGGGCGCCGGCAAGGGGCCCCGAGUGCUCAUCUGCCAGACCAAUGAACAGUUUGAAAUGGCAUACCGCACCGUGUGCUCGCGGUCUUGA